AAUCAGCGAUAACCCUAGGGCCGCCGCCAUGUUCAGUAAGAGCAAGAACAAAGGAGCGGUAAAUUAGAUCGUAUCGUGUCGAUUUUCGAAUUUUUCCAUCUAGUAACAUCUUGGAGCCAUGUCCGACACGGACAAAUCAGCAGAAGAAAAAGGAGAAGCAGCAGAGAAGAAAGUUUUGGCGACCAAGGUGAAAGGAACUGUAAAGUGGUUUAACGUAAAAAGUGGAUAUGGCUUCAUUAAUCGUGACGACACCAAAGAAGACGUCUUCGUGCAUCAAACAGCCAUUAUUAAGAACAACCCUCGCAAAUAUUUGAGAAGCGUGGGUGACGGAGAGACCGUCGAAUUCGACGUAGUUGCAGGUGAAAAAGGUAACGAGGCAGUCCGUGUCACUGGACCUGAUGGACAAGCUGUUCAGGGAAGCAAGUACGCUGCCGACAGAAGACGCUUUAGACGUUUUUAUCCAAGAGGUCGUGGACGCGGUCGUCAGUCAGGAGGAGAUAAGGAAGAACGCAGUGAGGGAAAUGAAGAGGAAGGAGAAGAAAAAUCAACUGGUCCACCUCGUCGUCCCUUUUGGCGUCGUCGCCCCUUUGGCGGUGGCGGAUUCCGGGGCCGCAGUAUGGGUAGUGGAUACCGAGGAAGAGGACGCGGAGACGGGGACGGUGGACAAGUAGUAGCUCGAGGCAGAGGUCGUGGAUAUUAUCGUGGAAACUACUAUCGCAACGAGUUUUAUGGAUACCGUGGAUUUAGAGGAUACCGUGCAUUCCGCGGUGGAAGAGGACGCGGUCGUGGCAGGUUCAGCAGAGGUUAUCGUGGAGGACGUGGCGGUUCAGGGCGCCGUGAAAAGGGAAGCGACGAUGAAGGUAGCUAUGAUGAAAGCAAAGCCGCUGAUGAAGCAACCACCACUCCAAAGUAA